CUAACGAAGAAGCAUGCUCUCUCUUUCUCUCUCUAGAAAGAAAGCGCUAGAGAGAGAUGGGACGCGAUUUCCAAGAGCGAGAAAGAGGAGAAUUCCCUGUUUUUUAUCGUGACUUGUACUUAUGACUUCUGUUCCCCAUAGAAUAUGAGCGCAAAAACUAGAGAGAGAGAAAGAGAGAGAGAGAGGAGGAAAAUGUUUUCGAUACAUGGAUUUUAGAGAGAGAGAGACGCUGCUUUGAGAAGCAAUAGGUAGAGAGAGAGGGUUCGUUUCCGGUUACCAGUGAUGUGAUGUGUUCCUGCUCCAUGUCGAGCUCUGUUGAAAAACUACUCGUCUUUGAUAGAUGGAAAGACAUAUCCUUGUUACCCACUCCGCCUAGAGAGAGAAAGAGAGAAGAGAGAGAGAGAGUUGUCCGUUACUCCAUAUGUUUGUUGCAGAGAGCGAGAGGUACGUAGAGAUUGAGAGAGAGAGAGAGAGAGAGCUGGCAUGGUAAGCAUAACCAAGCAAAUCCACAAGCGUCGCGUCUUUUGUUAGUAGAGAGAAAGUUAAACGGAUAUGUCUUCUGCUUCUUCUUUGAGGAGGGGAACAACUGCAAAACUAAAAUGGCACCCACCUGCGCCCCCAACCCCAAGAAUUCUCCACCUCCCUAGACGAACCAGAAAACCAAGGCCCUCUCCCCCCUCCUCUAAUAAAACCAGCAAACCCCAUCAUCAUAAUAUCGGGCCGAAAUGCAGAGGCAAACUAGAGACCCUCUUUGAUCAGGAGCGAGCCUUCUCAAGAACUGUACCCGUCGUGCUCCUGCAACCCGAACAGCAGUGUAGAGAGAGAGUGGAUGGGUGUAGAGAGAGAGAGGAGGAUUCGUGGAUUUUUCAGGCUGAGUUGUUGAGGGCGGAGUGUAACCUGCUGAGGAUGGAGAGGAGAGUUGCAGAGGAGAAGUGGUUGAGGCGCCGCUCCGACAUGGUCGAGGCUAUGCGCUCUGUUGUCCAUACCCUAAAUUUGGAGAGGAAGAAGCUCUGCAAAAACCCUAAUUUGCAGAUUGUUUUGCAUCAACAAGUUAGGGUUUUGCAGGACCAAAUCGAGGAGAUGCAGAGAGAUUCAGAGGAGAAGGAAGCGGAGGGCCAUGGCAAUUUUGAUCGCCGGACUUCAUUUCUCAGGCGAAAAAUCGCAGGAUUCCGGCCAAGCAACGCCGGAGAAGAUGAAGGUUUCAGGGAAAUUAGGGAAAUUGCGGAACAAAGCUUGAGCAUUACCCAUUGCUGCACCAGCGCUGACAACUCUGUUUCAGAUCCAUGCAAUCGCAUCUCAGAUAUUAUGGUGCUGCGGGAGAAAUUGGAAACGUUAUGGACAGGGAUGACAGAGAGCAGGAGGGCAAUUCAGUCAAAUAAUAAGGGGGUACGUAUGGAGAAGAAAGAAUGCUCAAAUAGGUGUAAGAGUAUGGUGCGGAAGGUUUUGGAGCACGUUCAGGCAGAGGCGGAGCAGUGGUGCGAGGUGCAGGAGGUGCUGGACCACGUACGUUUAGAGACGGAGGAGUUGCAGAGGUCGAGGGACUUCUGGGAGGACCGAGCCCUCGAGGCGAAUGAGAAGGUCGAGACCCUGCAGAUUGCGAUGCAUGAGUGGAGGCACAGAGCAAGAUCCUCAGAGAAGAAACUAUCGGAGUUGCGUAAACAAUUCUCAAGACUCCAACAAGAAAUGGAUGAAAAGAACAGCAUUGGCUCAUUGAAUCAAACCUUGACAGUCAAGACCGAGCGAACGAAAAUCAUUAGGCCCAACAAUGAUCCGCUCGAACUUGAAAAGGAAAACGAAUCUUCGAUCACUGACAAGAGGGUCUUAGUUUGCAGACUGAGAAAGGAGAAGAAAGGUAAGGGGACAAACCGCUCGCCUCUAAAAGAGAUUGGGAAUUCGUCGCCUCUGUUCAAGCCUAGAGGAGCAGUUUUCCCUAUUAACUUUUGAAGAAGGUAUAAUCCGACGGAGAAUAAUAAUAGUUUUGUAUUUUUCGAAAUAGUAGUCCAAAAAAAUUUAUUGGGGUUGAUCAGAAUCAGAGUUCUUUUUGUGUGAGACUGAAAGAUGAAUCUAUCUAAGGACAGAUAGUUUCUUACUUUCGGGUGCAAUACUUUUGAUAUGGACCUUUAUAUUAGUAAAUAUAUGGGAUUAUUUGCAAGGAAA